AUGUGUGCCCAAAGGACUUCCGAAUGGCCUGGAUUCUCCACGUGGACCAAGUUCCAAGCAGAACCCGGCCCUAUUGACGAGUUUAUCUUUGAUCCUCUCUACAAAUGGAGUGAAUUCCUCCGCACGCCCUCCUACGGGCGCAUCAUAGAGUCUCCCCAAGACUGCAUCCUGAGUAUCGGCUGGGACUCGCCCAAAGUCUACCAAGUGUUCAAAGCUUCCCCCGAAUACCAACAGCUAAUGGAUAACCUGGGAAUUAACUCGACCCAAGAACACACUCAGAUUAUAAUCUUUGAGAACUACAACUUUGGCUGCACAACGACUCCCAACACGGAGGUCUUGACCGCGUAUUGGCCCCUCUCGCUCUCUCCCGAGACACAAGACGCAGUCUGGGAGGCAGAGCCGCUUGUCCACACACCAGCGUCAGGAAGGCCAAGUCGUCGCUGCUACGGACAGCCCCCGGUGUUUGGAUGGUUCGACGAGCCAGAAACCUGGAAUGGUGAUAAGGCGCUGGCAAGCGUGUGGUUACACGACUGGAAGAGCGAGGAGCUAGAGGCUAGGUUCAAGCGCACCGAGAGGAGGGCUAUUCCCAUGGGUAGAGAAGUCAUCUGCCCGCUCGCGGUGGACGAUUUCGAGAAACACCUACAGGAUCUCGGUGCUCUCGGUUGGGAAUCGAUCCAUGUUCUUUUCGAGGAUCUCAACUGGAUCUAUCAAGAUAAAGUUGAGCGAUAUCACAGCCUUGAACGGAGGAGGCUUGACAGGAGAGUCCUUGAAGCGGUCAUUCUGAGGAAGUGUCCGGAAUUACUGGUGGAUUAG